UAUAAAGCAGUGAAGCCAUGUGUUACUUCAGUAUAAUAGUGAUAAUAUUCGAUAGUUUCGUGUUGUGAAGUGGUCGUGAUUUUUACCGAAAUGCAUCGGAGGUGUGACGUUCAAUUGUUAUUGAUGUUCAUCCAUCUUUCUGGACUCAUUUUGGUGGCAGGCAUGUCUGAGGUGUGGGUGGAGCUGAAUGCGCCACGUUUUGUGGUGCACCGCCACAAUGCCAAGCUGCGCUGCGAACACAAUGUUGAUCCUGAAUCACUCUAUAAGGUGGUGUUCUUCAAGAACGGUCAACGCAUCAUGAAGUUCGUCAGAGGGAGGGAUCCUCCCUUCGAACUUUAUAACGUCACCGGCGCUGAGAUCAGUCUCAUAAACCUGUCUCCAACGUCAAUCACGCUGGAGAGGUUGGACUUCUCAGCAUCAGGUCCAUACGCCUGCGAAAUCGCUCUUGAAACUCCUCUCUACUCCAAAGUGUCCAAGAUACAUGAACUGACUGUCAUUGUUCGUCAGAAAAACCGUCCAAAGAUAAAAAUAAAGCACAAAAAGUUAUCUUCGAGCGACCAACUGGAGGCGACAUGUCAGAGUGGCCCAGCUCACCCCGCCCCGCACCUCACCUGGUUUAUAAAUAAUAACAAGGUUGACGAAAGUCUAACAACCCCGUACGGAACCAUGAAGGUCCAUCGUCAUCACCACGGAAUACCGUUAUCUGUGACGAACACCUCACUGCACUUUCCAUUGCCCAGCCUGCAACUAUUCCCCAACCGGACUGUGGAGAUCACCUGUCUAAGCACCAUACCCAGCUACGCAAGCGAGGGUGAAGGAUUUGCUGAUAAACAGAAUAGUACUGUGACAGUCAACGUGGUUCGCAUCGAACCGGCGCCAACUCAGCUGCCUGUCAAAAUCGUUAGUUCGCAAUUUAAUUUAUCGGCUCGAUGUGACGUAGGGCAUUUAUUAGUUGUUUUAGCGAUAUUUUUGUGCCAUAUUUAUAACUAAACUCGUAAAUUGUAAAACAUAACAUCUGUCAAAUUUGUCCUCAUGUAAUUUAAGGUUCAUGGUUCGCAGUAAAUGUUUCAUAAAGGCAUAUUAUUGCGAGGGCAGGUCGCGCAAACGGGUGGUCGUAUCAAAUGGCUUCAAUUCGCCACAGAUUGUGCUGCAUUAAAACCCGCCGAGCAAUAAUAAUGUGGAAGCCUUUACUCGCAUGCACAUCAUUCUUGAUGUUUGAUAUUUGUAUCGCCCCAUUUCUAAUGAACAUUACAAACGAAUGUUACUAGUACGUAUUUUAUGAGCUUAGUAAGGUAUAGUACGGUAACUGGGUACAGAAUUGUUUGUGAAAAGUGAAUUGACUGUGGUGCUAAUUGCUGAAGUUGUAUGAUUUCAGUUACCUCAUUUAUUUUCUUUAUAAAUGACGUGAGAAGAAAAUCUUUGUAUUUACAAGAAAAUGUGAACAUAAAGCCAAAAUAAUAUUAUUACUUUCCAAAGUACAUACAUAAUUAUAUUCUCAUUAUUGAUACAAUUGAAAACCUGUAACUAUAAAUUUUCUUGGAUUAAAUUCCUCCAUUAAGAAAUUAAUUUCAAAUUUUUAUACGACAACAUGACGUUUGAUUGCGUGCCUCUAAUAACUUGUUCCGUACGUUACAAUUUGACAGGUGUUAUAAUGAAGGAACAUGUCGAUAUUAAUGUAUUUUUAAUUGCUGUAACGUUGUAAGAAUA